AUGGUUGCCUCAUCGAACACCGCCCUCGAGCGCGAGGAUCACCAGCGCGAUGCCGACUUCAACAAAGCCAUGCACGGCAAUUCAGCCCAGGCUCGAGGUGGCAUUGCUGCCAUGUUCCGCAAGGGCGGUGCCGCCAAGCAGGCUGCUGUCGACGAGUAUUUCAAGCACUGGGAUAACAAGCCCGCAGAGAACGAGACUCCUGAGGAGCGAGCUGCCCGUCAAGCCGAGUACGCCACCUUGACUCGACACUACUACAACCUUGCUACCGAUCUCUACGAAUACGGCUGGGGCCAAUCUUUCCACUUCUGCCGAUUCUCACAAGGUGAACCUUUCUACCAAGCCAUUGCCCGUCAUGAGCAUUACCUUGCCCACCAGAUUGGUAUCAAGGAGGGCAUGAAGGUUCUCGAUGUCGGCUGUGGUGUUGGUGGUCCCGCUCGCGAGAUUGCCAAGUUCACAGGUGCUCACAUCACCGGUCUGAACAACAACAACUACCAGAUCGAGCGAGCCACCCACUACGCCUACAAGGAGGGUCUAUCCAACCAGCUCGAGUUUGUCAAGGGUGAUUUCAUGCAAAUGUCUUUCCCCGACAACAGUUUCGAUGCCGUCUAUGCUAUCGAGGCUACUGUGCAUGCUCCCACACUUAAGGGCAUCUACAGCGAGAUCUUCCGUGUCCUCAAGCCCGGCGGUGUUUUCGGUGUGUACGAGUGGCUCAUGACCGACGAGUACGAUAACGAGAACCUUCGUCACCGCGAGAUUCGACUGGGUAUUGAGCAAGGUGAUGGUAUUUCCAACAUGUGCAAGGUUUCCGAGGGCAUUGCUGCUAUCAAGGACUCCGGUUUUGAGAUGCUCCACCACGAGGAUCUCGCAGACCGCCCCGAUGCCCUCCCCUGGUACUGGCCUUUGGCUGGUGAACUCCGCUACAUCCAGUCCGUCGGUGACAUCUUCACCAUCGUGCGCAUGACCACCUGGGGUCGAACCAUCGCUCACGGUCUGGCUGGUCUCCUCGAGACCUUCAAGCUUGCCCCUGCUGGAACCAAGAAGACUGCUGACAGUUUGGCUCUUGCCGCUGACUGCCUGGUCGCUGGUGGACGAGACAAGCUCUUCACCCCCAUGUACCUCAUGGUGGCCCGCAAGCCUGCUGCGUAA